GCGGCGCGGGGCGCGGAGCCGCUGUGGCGGACGCCGCCGGGCCGCCUGGCCCCGCCGCACGUGUACCGCAUGGCCGGCGCGCUGGGCUCCGAGCUGCGCCGCCUCUCGGGCCGCUUCGGGCCCGACGCUGUGGCCGGGCUGGUGCCGCCCGUCGUGCGGCUCCUGGAGCUGCUGGAGGCGCUGGUGGCCCCGGCGGGCGCCGAGGCCGAGACGCCGCCGUCCGGGCGGCAGGACGCGGAGGAGCUGGAGCAGAGGCUGCGGGUGGCCGAGCACCGGGAGUGGGUCCAGGCCGAGCGCCUGGCCCACCUGGAGGAGCAGAACCGGCAGCUCCUGGGGCAGCUCGCGGAGAGCCAGUCGCACGGAGAUAGCGCAGCGCGGAAGGAGCGAGAAGUGAUGCUGCGGCUGAAGGAGGUGGUGGACCGGCAGAGGGACGAGAUUCGCGCCCAGGCCCACGAGAUCGUCUGCAAGAGCCGAGACACGGAGGCGCUGCAGGAGCAACUGAAUCGCUUCAUGUCCAUGAACGAGGACCUGCGACACAAGGUAGCCGUGGUGCAGGCUCAGCUCAAGAGCGCGCUGGAGAAGAAGUCAGACCUGGAGGCCGUCGUGCUGCAAACCCAGAGGGAAAUGAGCAGGAGGACCAGGACUGCUUCUGAAGCCCAGCUGCCAAAGUCCAGCCUGGAAGGAGUGCCGUUGCCUGCAGGGGAGGACCCGCUGCACCAAGGCCCGGGCAGGAGCCCUGCUCACUGCUGCUUCUCAAAGGAAGAGCUGCAGCAAAUCCUGCAAGAACGGAACGAGCUCAAGACCAACCUGUUCCUGGUGCAGGAGGAGCUGGCUUAUUACCAGCGGGAGCUGCUGAACGAAGAGAGAAUUCCCAGCUUCUUCUUGGAUGCAAUGAAAUCGACUAUCAAAAAACAGAGGAGAAAAAUCAGAGCCAAAAUGCUGGGAACAGCGGAGGAGCCAGCAAGCAGCGAAGAAGACGAGGGCUCCUGGCUGCCGGCUCCCGGCGCCGACUGCGUGGAUGCUCAGCCGCCCGAGUCCAAAAUCAGGAGCUUCUUCGGGCUGUGGUAUCAGGGCAGCAGCAAAGACCCCCCCGCGCCCAGCUGCUCCGGAGCCUGGGAAAUCAUCGACUCGCCGGAAGCGCACCCGGAGCGGGAGGGCGAGAGCGAGCCGGCGGCCGGCUCCCCGGACAGAGCGACGCCGCUUCCCUGACCCGGCACCGGAGCGGGAGCUCGGCUCCGGCCUCGCCGCCGCGGCGCUCCCCUGCCCCGGCUCCUCCCGCGUCCCGGCGGAGGCCGCGGCGGGGAGGCUCGGCACGGCGCAGCAUGUCCGUCCGUCCGUCCGUCCGUGCGUCUCGCCGCUCGGCCGCCUCUCCGUCGCGCCCGUUCCCGCUGGCGUCGGGACGAGCUUUAGCCUGCGGCCGGGCCCCGAAGCCCCGCGCCGGCGCCCCGCGGGGCUCUUCCCCUCCGCCGGGUCGCUGCCGGCGCCGCGGUUAUCCCGCCUCCUCCCUUUCCGGGGGUCCCGUCCAGCGGGCCGGCCGGGCGCGCGGCGGGGGGAAGCGCGGUUCCCGCUCCGCCGCGCGCCGCCCCGUCUUGCACUUUUCGGACUGCGGGUGAAUCGCUUUUGUACCGGGACUUUUUUCCUUCUACUGCUGGAAAUUGGAAGACUUUAAUGUCGACCCCUCCACACCCCGAUCCUCAUCUCCCUGGGGUCCUCACGGGUCGGGUAUUUCCUAGCUCUAGAACCGGAGCCAGAAAUAAAUCACUCUUGCGUGUGCC